ACCCUUUUAUUGGAAAACGAGUCCUCCCGACUAAGUUACUUCACGAGAAUGUACUCAUACGAAUCUAGGCAAUGUUACUACGUCCAAAAUCACCUACCACUCUUAGCGCGGAUCGACGGCUUCGAGGUCUAGCUGAAAGGCAUAGCAGAUCCAAUGAUCCAACGACGCCACAAGAAAAACUUGAUUUAUACUACCUACCUAAUUCGUGAUGGCAUUUUGGGGAGACUGAGGCCAUACUCUUAUACUAUAGAUUCCCUUUUAAGGCUACGGGUGUAGAAGUUAUAGCUAUAUAUUAGGCUACCUAUGAAAAAUAUUUAAUUGCGUCUAAACCACGAGCAAAAUGAUGUAAAUUCUUCGAGACGCAGAAUCCGAGUUACAGACUUCUUUACCAUAUAUCAACAUGAGAUUAUUCGUCACAACUGUUCUAAGCUUGGGCAGCGUUGCCAUUGCUGCUGUUCCUGGCUUUGAUAUAUCCCAUUACCAAUCGAGCGUAGAUUUUGCCGCGGCCUACGGUUCGGGAGCGCGCUUCGUUAUCAUUAAGGCUACGGAAGGCACCACUUAUAUCGACCCGAGUUUCAGCAGCCACUACAGCGGUGCCACGAGCGCUGGGUUGAUCCGCGGAGGUUACCAUUUCGCACAUCCUGAUAGUUCUUCUGGGGUAGAUCAAGCCAAAUAUUUCUUAGCACACGGUGGCGGCUGGUCGAAGGAUGGAAUAACUCUCCCGGGGAUGCUAGACUUAGAGGGUGAUUGUGCGGGCCUCUCGGCGAGUGCGAUGGUCUCUUGGAUCAAAGAUUUCAGCGAUACAUACUACGGAAGUACUGGCCGUUAUCCGCUUCUCUAUACGAAUCCUUCAUGGUGGUCAAGCUGCACCGGGGGGUCAAACGCUUUUAUCAAUACGAAUCCACUCGUCCUCGCGCGUUACAGUAGCAGCGCCGGGACGCCUCCUGGAGGUUGGCCAUACUAUACAAUUUGGCAGUUCAACGAUGCUUAUCAAUAUGGUGGUGACUCGGAUACUUUCAAUGGAGAAUUUUCAUCGUUGCAGAAAUUGGCAUCCGGUUAG